AGUGGAGAGUGGAGAGUGGAGCGAGCGACGUACGAUCAACGACGAACGAAACGUCCGCGCUGUGUCUGGAGCCUGACUGAGGUGAAUGGUGGCGGGGCAGCGGUGACGACGAGAGAGUUCUGAAUUCAGAGCGCGGUGAGAUGGGACUUGAUCUUGCUUGGCCCAAGAUCUACUACACCGGCGUCAAUUUGUAGCCCGCGCGGGGUUUCUGGUGUCGUCAAGCCAAGCGCAGCUGCUCCUCCGUAGUUUCUUUCACUUGAUUAUAUUAUUUAAAAUCUUCCCAGGAACUUUUAGACUCGACUUCGGGCUCGUCGUGUUUGGAUUCUGGGCUUUAUUGGAUUUAUUUAGAUUUGCUUACGUGGUGGAGUUUGUCGCAGUGGAUUUCUGGAACACGGAUAUUGACGGAUUGUGAAAGGUGGUCGUGCAGUUUUUCCAAUAUAGUUUUUUUUUUUUCAACACGGCUUCUGUAGAGAACAAUACAAGAUAAGAAAAUUCUAUUUCAUGAAAUCAUGGACGGAUUAAGGUCUGAGUUUGUGCGCGGGCUAGAGUAUGUUUGUGUGUAUUCGGAAUAGGAUUAGCUGAUCGAGUGGUAAACAGGUUUACCGCAACGACUGACAAAUGUCGUCAAAGAUGGAAUCGACGAAAAGUCGUUCUACAUCCAAGGAAAAACUUACAGAUAUAAAGGACAAAAUGUCUAAUGAAACUUCAUCAAAACCCCACAGCUCGCAAAGAGGUGAGAGGGAGGAAGACGCCACCACACCUCCUCCAACAUUAUCAUCUUCCACAUCGGACGACCUCGGAAAAGUCCGCCAACCCUCGGAAAAAUGCCGAAGGACUAGCUAUGACGAUUCGUCGCCCGACACCGCGUUCCUCGCCCCGAAAAGCGCGUUCGGGAAUUUCCGUAAAGAUGCGAGGUCAAAACCACGCCCCUGCUCAAAAAUUAUCCUGUGGAUUUUCGCAUGCUUCGCUCUCUCGCUGCUGUCUCUCAUGGUGGUGUUUGUCGUAUGGACCCUUGUCUCGUAUAACGAAGCCAUCUCCUCAUUGCAAGCCCGCCUGGACAAAGUGGAGAGGUACCAGCAGGAUUAUGAGGAUAAAAUGGAGGAAUUGAUACAGAGGAGAGUGGAUUACCUCUUGUCUAAGGACGACCAAAACAUACGGAGUAUAGAAAAGAGACAAGUGAGCUGCCAAUGCCCGCCAG